AUUGAAAUCUCUGCAAACAGUUGAACAGCAAGUUUAUUUCUGCGCAUCGUGGGAGUGUACCAACAAUGAGUGACUCUGAACAAAAUGAUAAACAGGGUAGCCCAGAAGUUCCUAGGCUUACUUUGCUAAAUGAAAAUGCAAGCAACACUCUACAAAGUUUGUAUCAGUUUGUUGCUUCUCCGGACAUUAAGAACUCGACAGUAAUUGUUUCUGAUGGAGUCAAUAUAAAGGAGCUCACCCAACUAAAUAUAAGCCCUAUAUAUUCACCUUGUUUUGAUAGCCCCUUGAUUUUGCAUGGUGACUCUAACACAUUUGGGAUCACUCACCAAAGUUCUCCCAAAACUGCUAAUGAUGGAACGAGUCGUAAAUUACUAAAGAAGUCUGAGUUAAUAGGAAACAUUUCCAAAAUCGCUGAAUCAGAAAGCGAAUAUUCAUUGAAUAAGUGUAAAGAUAUUUCGAAAAGGAAAAAAGGAACAGGCAAGAAACGACAACUUUCCGAUUCAGAAAACGAAGAAAGUCAAAAUCUCCUUCAAAAAACUAAGAGUUUUAUGAAGACCCAUCAUAGUUGCUUGGACACACCUCCAGAGCACUGGACAUCAGCACCUAUAGCCUUAACUCCCAAACAUAAACUGGCUAGCAGUAGUUAUAAAAUACUGGGAGAAGAUUCACCACCAGCAAGUCCUAUGUGUAGUCCAGGUCCUUCCAGUUCAAUGCUUCAUGUUCCAAAAUAUGAUAUGAAACAAACGGAUAAUACAGAGCCAGCUACAACUUCUAACAGGUCUGAUGAUGUAACAGAGAUAAAGGAUUCUGGAGAUACUGCAAAGGCUAUAGAAGCUAGAAUAAAAGAUAUGGGAAAAAGAAUUUCGGGAGAUAAGAUCUAGUAUAUCUAGCUCACAAGCGAAAAUAAAGUAAUAUUGUGUGAACAUUUUGUAUUGCUUUUUGCAAUCAAAUAAAUUUUCGCUUCAC